CAAAAUAGAGAGCAUGGCGGACGGAUUGCUUUCAGCUAGUCGAAGUUUCCAUCACAAACACGACGACGUUGGCGUUGUUACCGAAUCAUGCACAGUUUAUCAUAGGCGAUGGUAUAUUUUAGUAGUUUUCUCUCUGAUCGCAGGAGUGCAAGCAGCUGUUUGGAACACAUGGGGGCCAAUAACGGGCUCCGCCGAAGAUGUGUUUGGAUGGUCAGAUGGGACAAUAGCGUUACUAGAAAAUUGGGGGCCAAUUGCAUAUAUUAUAUCAUUCUUGGUGUUUUCUUGGCUCAUGGACAUUAAAGGUUCGUGGUUUUUUUUUGCUAAAAUUUGUGGGGGUUGGGGAUCGGAUUCUGCAAGAUUUUGGUAUGAAUAUGCGUAAAAACAAGUCAUUGCGUGCACGUUUCACAGCUCUUUGCGCGCGUCUACAUCCGCUGCAAUAAUCCAUGUUUAAUUAUGUUCAAAAACAGCUUGUACCACUAGUAAUCUUGCAAGCUUUUAGAUGAAACUUCGCUGCCGAGAUCACUGUUUCAGGUUCUUAAUCAGGGAGUAGAGUAUAAUUUCUUAAAAGCUUAAGCUUAACAAACUGGUUGAUUUCCUGUCGUUCAGACGUUCACUAAACGGGUUAGGGCCAACAGCAGUUACUCUAUCAAUCGACACUAGCUUUUACAAAAUAUUCGUAAUAAUAUCGAUUGAUGUUAUAAAAUACGCGACAAUGUAAAUGUCUCUAUUUGCUAGAUAAAUCUGAAGAAAAAAACGGCUCUUGCAUAACAGACACAUGUAAAAGAAAUUUACUGCAAAAACCACAGGUAACCCAGGCUCACUGUUUGUGUCACUUACGGGUUUCAUAACAUGAGUAAAUAUAGAGAACAUAUGGGGUGAAGUUUUGGUCUGGAAAUUUGCUAGAAAAUGGAAAAAAAAUCGAUGAAACUUACCUAGUAUUAUAAUAGAUGGACAGCCGAAGCCGGUUGAACUAAGUCAUAGAGGGCAGGAAGUGUAUCCUUUUCUUCAAUUUCUGAUAUUGAAUUUUAUGCACAGUAGUUGUUUUCUGAUGGCGUUAAGCUUCAUUUCAUGAAUUUGUGCUUUUGUGCUUUAUGACUUACAACCGCAGAUUCCGGCUCGCAGACCACAGACGGGAGAUCUUUAGUUUUUCCUCUUGUUGUAAAUUUCUUCUCUUUUCUCUCUUCGAGUGAACUUGACAAUUAGUCAAUCUUUCACUUUCGUUGUUGGCGGUAAACGAUGAGCGAUCAAUAUGUAUUUUCGUUGAGGUUCACUCCCAUAAUGUCAGACAUUUCUUUCACCAGCAACGCAGGGCUGUCAUUAGGUACGACCGGAUUACCGGUUAUUUUGAGACAGUCUCUUUGCGCGUCCUGCUUGAGCUCAUCCAACCUGACCUGGACAUUAAAACCAUCGUUGCUGAGCUUGUUUAUGUCUUCCUUGAUGUCUUUAAUUUGGCUUUCCACGUCUUUGCUGUGUUCUGUUAUGUCCUUGAUCGUCCACAUCGUACAGUGUUGUAUUUCUUUGAAAUAACAUUUUGGGACUUUUCAAUUUCGUUUAACCUUUUUUUGAGGUCUGGGUUUAAGCAAGUCUAUUUCCUUGUGGAUUUCCUUUCGGAUAUUGGGAAGAAAUUCUUUUGCCCACAACUCUUUUAAACUUCCCACAAUUAAACUCAUGCUCUGGGUUAAAUUCUGUAUAGUUAAACUCUUAAAUUCUGUACGGUUAAACUCUCCACACGUUUAACUCUCCACCAGCCAUCUUUGGUCGCACGUGUUUCAGUGCAGGUGACAUUUUCAUGCAAGAGUUGGCAGUUAACCAUUUUGUGCAUCUGAGAAGCAGGUUUCCAAUAGUUUUAACUAUUAUUUAAUAUAGAAAUAAAAGUAUUAAAUUAAAGUCUUUUUAUUUACAUGUCCCAUCUGCUGCAUUUUCUGUAGGUCUGAGGGUAUCUGUACUCGUAACAAUUGCGCUAAUGUUUGUUGGAACUGGGUUACGUUGUAUCACAUCAGAACCAAAGAAUGCUACAUGGUGAGUGACUUGUUGGUGUAUUUUUUUAUUCUUGGUCCAAAUAAAAACAUGUUUUGUUUCAAAUUUAUUGUUGUGUGUUAUAUUGCUAUGCCCUGAUACAUAAAAACGACAAUAAACUUUGCACCAAGGAUGUAUUUUAGCCUUUUAUUACAGUUUUUAAAAUGUCCAGAGUGGUUAUGUCUUUGGUAAAUGUAUUUAUUGUAUUAUUUUUAUUUUAUUGUCACAUGGUUUUAUUCCUGGCCUUUCAGCUCUUUGUCAAUCAUACCCAGCUACAAGGUUCAGUUGACCUGUGGAAUAUCAUAAAUGACGUCCCCUUUUAAAGAAAUACCCUUGUCUAAUAAAUGCCUCCUUUCCCUUUACAAUGUUAAAUUUGUGUCAGUGCCCCUCCCUAAUAAACACCCCCUGUCUAAUAGAUGCCCCCAUGACAAUUUCUCCACAAAUAUACCAGAAAAAUAACAAAACGGAGCUCAUUAAAGCAUCUUGUUCAAUAUCAAAUUCAAAUGACAACACAAUGACCCUGAAUGAAGACUCAGACAAUGAAGUUGAGAUUUGAAACAGAGAUAUGGACCUCUUGACAACAUAGAUGUAUCAAUGGAUCAUCUAGAUAUUCUGCUAUUUAUAAACUCCCUUAAUAUUUUCACCAAAAACUUAUUAGUUUUGUUUAGCUUGUUACAACCAUGAAAGUAAAUGCUAGAUGCUUCCUAUCUUUUAGACACCCCCUCUUACCCCUAAAAUUAACCAGACGCCCAGGGUGCCUUUUAGAAGAUCAAUUUUACGGUAUGUCCAGCAAACCUGUCUAAUAACGGAAAAAUUAUUUUUAUUUAAUGUAGGCUGAUCCACAUAGGUCAAUUUCUCAAUGACCUUGCUGCACCAGUUGCCAUGGGAGCACCACCUUUAGUGUCGUCAACAUGGUUUCCUCCUCAUCAAAGAGCAACAGCGACAGCAAUUUCUUCAUUAAUGAGCUACGUUGGAAUAUCUGUGUCUUUCGGUGUUGGUCCCUUUGUUUUGAAUCCUUCAGAAGUGGCUGAACCUCCUAAUGCGACCAUGCUUGAUGUGGCAGAUGUUGAUAAUAUUACAAACAGUUAAGUUUUACUUGUGACCAAGUAAAAUGCUCGAAAAAAUGUGCUUUUGAAUACUGUAAUGAUAUUGUCAACUUGUGGUUCAACUUGUUUUCUGUCUUUCAAAAAAAUAUUAAGAGGGCUAAAAUGUUUCUUUGCUCCUUGUCUGUAUAAUCAUUACCAUAUCAUAAUAAUAUUAGGUCCAUAUUAUUAUGGUUACUGUAAUGAACCAGACACUAAGAAAGUUGAAGUAGAAGUCAAGCUGGCUUGAGAAUUUUUGUCCUUUAUUUGGAAAAUACUUGUUGUUAUUAUUGUCAAAGCCAUUUGACAGAAAAAAGCAUAAUUGUCUUGAUUUCUAUCAAUCAACUCUUUCGUAUUUUUGGCCUUCAAAUCUUUAAAGGUUUCAUCUUUUUUUGUGUUUUUAAAACUGGUCAUGCUUUAAUGUCUGGUACUUUUUUCUUCAUAGAAAUGCCUUGGAGUGAAGCAGUGUCCAUUGCAAAGAGACACAUUAUGUUGUAUAUGUAUAUAGGUAAGUGUUAUUAAUUUGUUUAUUGUGACAUUAAUGAUAUCAAGAUUAUUUUCAAAGUAACAAAAUAUAUACUUUUUUUCAAACCUUCUAGUCAUUGUUACUGUAGUACAAUGUGAUGAUUUUUCUUUAACUUUUUGUGGACUGAACAAAAAUUUUUCCCAUCAUGAUCAGCUGUUAAUAGACAAGUAGUUUGAUCCUGAAAUCAACAAAACUCUUGAUUUUGCUUUUUUCUUGGGACAAUACUUAACAGUGUACCCCAGGCUCCUUAAGUGUAAUUAUAGUGUAAUGAUUAAUACCUUUGUAGUGUAAUAAUCUUGUUUGCCUUCUGCCUUCUGCAGAGUUUGGAUUAGUGUCCCUGUUGUUUCUCUGUGUCCUGUUAUACUUCCCUGCAAAGCCUCCAAAGCCACCCAGCUUUUCUGCAGCAAAGAAGAAGGUUGAUUACAUAGAAGGCGCAAAGAGGCUUAUGAAGUAAUGUACACAGUCAACAUAUAUUAUUGUUAUCAUAUUUUACACCACCUCUGCAUCAUUCCUGUCAUUCCCCACCCAUUUUUCCCAAUUUCUGCCACCUUUCUUCAAUCCAUUCCUGCCUCCUUUCUCCCUUUUCCUGCUCUUUUUCUGGCAGUUUCUGCUCUGCUUUUUCCACUUCCUGGACCAUUCUUUCAGUUUCUUCCUAUUUCUCCCAGUUCUUGCACCCUUUCCCUUUAUACAGGUCCUUUUCCUCUUUUCCAAAUUUGACCUGCUCCUUUUCUUCCACCUCUUGCUGCCCCUGUCUCUCAGUUCCUUGUCCUUUUUUCCCAGUUCAUAUUUCCCAUUUUCCAGCUCUUUUCCCUUUCCCCUUUUAUCUGUCCUAUCUGUUCCACUUUUAUUUACUUUCCAGUUUCUUCUCUUAUUUGUCCAGCUCACGUCCUUUCUUUUAUGCAGGCCAUGCCUCCUUUUCUCUGUUCCUAUCUCCUUUGCCCACUUCCCAUUCCCAUUACUCCAUUUUCUCAGUUCUUACCAUCCAUCUCUUUUUCCAAAUUCCCUUGCCCUUCCAUCCAGUUCCAGUUGGUGUUCUGUUAGUUCUCUCUUUGUAGUUGAUGAUACCAGCAUUUUUUUUUACUGGGAUGAAAUAAUGAGGGUAGUUAAACCACUGGGUCAUUGUUGAUCAAAAUUACUCAAAUUAUAAAAAAAGGAUUUUUGUUUUUACUAUAACAGAAACUGGCAGUUCUGGAAUUUGAAUGUACUCUAUGGGUCCACAACAGGUAAUGAACUUGCAUACAGUUACUGCAUUUGCUCGAAUAGCCACCAAAUCUUAAAUAAGCUUCACCUUGAAAGUUUAAAAUUUACACUGAAGGAUUUGUAUGGAGAACUACUCAACCACAACUGGAUGGCAAGAGUUGAUUUUCCAAAACAAAUCCUUCAAAUUUUUGGCAGCCAUUAUAAUUGCUUAUUUUGAGAAUCAUAUAUGAUUGAAAAUUUAUAGGUUAUGUUAUUCAAAUAUGCUUUUUAGAAAGCAGUUUUUCACUGAAAGAGGAAUGGUUUUCUUGUUUACGGAAAGUCGAUCACAUGACUAACUUUUGACCAACUGCAAAGGCCUAUUCAGAUUCAUCCUAACUUUCGUCCUUGAUGGUUCUUUUUUUCUGUUAUUGUUCAUUGCCUUCAUUAGCUUAGUGUACAAUGUAAAAAUCUUAAAUUGUUGUCAUUUUGAAAUCAUUUUUGUGUUUUACGGUAGGUGUUUUCAGUGGAUGGGGCGGAGUUCUGGCUGUAAACCUCCUGUCAUUUAACUUGAAGCAAGUAUGAUACAAAUAAUUGUUCUCUAUCUUCUAUGAAUAAACUUCCAGGCAAUGUAGUGAUGCAGUUAAAAAAUACUUACGGUGAUCAAUGACAGCCAAUCAAAUCUCUCUUACUGAGCCAACGAUAUAAACUAUCUUAUAUCGAGUGAUUGAUGUUAGCAGCGUCUGAACAGAUCUGAGCAAGUUAUUUCUUCCAGUCCAUAUAUAUUCAAUUUAUGGUUAAUUGUAGACGCUUAAAUGUGCCUAUUUAGCGUCAUUGCACCCAGCACGUGGUAGAACCGUGGUAGGAUUUACCACGCCUGGUUGCCCUUCGUAAUCUUUCCGAAAUAUGGCAAUGUUGUAGAAAGGGAGAAAACAAUAGUGAAUAGAUUACGGAGGGCAACCAAGCGCGGUAAAUUUGCGCGUGCUGCAUGGGAAUUUGAUGUUGUGCUAAACUCGAGACAGUAGGAAAUCCCAAAGCAAAGAAUUAUCCAAAUCUAUCACAUCGCUUCUUUAUUUACUAAUUUUGCGCCUACGUGAGGCACCUUAAAAUGUUUCAAUGGACUCUAAAAUGGGGCAUCUUAUAGUACAAUGAUCAACUGCAGCACUGAAAGUUUUUACAGAAAAUGUAUCGUCGAAUUUUCGUUUAAUCGCUGUUUUCGUGAAAGAAGCCUUAGAAAUUACAAGAAGAGCUCAGCAUUACGUUUUACCCAGAUUCACAUGUUUUCAUGUUUUUCGAAAUGGCUGAAGUCUUCUUGCGUUUAGCUGAUUGUAGAGUGUAUAAGGGUAAGUUGCAAAACGAAUGAGCGAUAAAACCUUUCCGGAAACAUACAAAAAGUAGCAAAUUUGUCUGCAUAAAGUCGAGUCUUCAGUUCAUGCAUAAUUUAUACCCUUUUUGUAGAAACUGCAAGAUAUCUCGAAAUUCCUCUAAUAGAUUUCUGUGAAACUUCACAUAACGGAAAACAAGCACCCAAAGUAUGCGCAGCGUCAAUCACUUCCAAAGUAAAUAAUAUCAUAAUAAGUUUAGUCUUUUUACCAUAAAGAUAAAUUUGUUAAGUGUAAGAGAUUAAAAGAUGGAAGGUGUCGCUAAGAAAUUAUUGUAUCAAGCCACCUUAAGUCCCGUUUUCAAGGGCACGUUUUUCAAUAGGAAAACUAGCCAAGCAGUACACCAAGUAAUGAGCAAAAAGUGCGUGAAUUUUAUGAACCAAACACGGAGUAAGAGAUACAUUAAUUUGACUGAAAUAUUUCUUAUUUAAGCUCAGUUCAAAUCGGUGCGGCACCUUAUGAUAAUGUUUAAAACGAUCAUUUCUUGUGGAGUACUUCCUGGUUUAUUGCACCAACUACAUCAGUAAUUUUAUGUUAUAUAGUGCGCCUACUGUUUAUUUGUUAUUUAUUUCACUCUUUAUGUGUUCAGGAUACGGCAGGAUGGAUUGGUUUCUAUGCCAAUAUAUCAGGCUGUAUUUUUGGAUUUGUCAUGGCUAGGUAAUGAAGUGCACAAGUAGUACCCAGGGGGUAGAGGGUGGGGUAUUGAUGAUGUUAUAUAGAUUACUUUUGUUCUGAGGGAGGGGGGGUUAAUGUUGUACGGUUUAUUUUGAUCCUUAUGGCAUUGAUCACAGGCACCCUAAGCUGACGAGUGAAUAUCACUGUUGAAUUUCAUAACGUAACUAUAUAAGUUGUACGGUAUUUAUUGUGCGUUGAUGUCAUGUUUUUAGUUCGUUUCACAGUGAUUCUAACCCGUUUUUAUCCUGCCGUUGUCCUCUUUAUGUAUCGUUUACUAUUAUGCUAUGUAAACUGUGGAUCUGGAAUCAAAUGGCGACGUCCCAGCUUACUGUUAAUAUGGUUAAACAUGUACAGAGGACACUUGUGUUGUCUUUCCCUGCUAGAAGAGGCGACUUUUCCCUGUUAUUUGGUGGGCCGAAUACCAGGAAAGUGUUGUCUUCCAUCAUCCACAACAUUUAAUAGGCCAUUUCCGAGUUCCCCCAGGCCUCUGUAUCAAAACGAGGGUAGGUGCUCAGCCUUUGAUAUGGAAAUGAUUUUUCAUUCUCAUGCAAAUAAAACUCAUUUUCACAAGAAAGGUCGUGCACCUAGCCUCAUUUUGAAAGUGAGGGUUUUUGGAACUCGGAAGUAGCCUAUUCAUUUGUUAGCCCUAAACCGAGGGUAAAUUGUGUCUUCCUGACUAAUAUUAGUGCACGGACGUUUUAUCUCCUAUUUAGAUACUUGAAGGUCUGAUUGGAUAUGGCUUCGUUUAAACUGCAGUAUAGAUCAUAAUAGAGCCGGUUGUGAGACGUCACGCAUAACCAAUUUUAAUUUGAUUCAUUGUUAGGUUUGCUGAUGUAUUUACAGGACACAUGAAGUUGUUUCUCAUUUUUCUUUUCGUGGGUUCUACUGGCUCCUUUCUCUGGUUUUCUCUGCUCUGUCAAGGCCUUAUUCCGUUUGGAAUAGGUAAGUUUUCACUACAUCUGUUUGAACACCCCGUUUGGUUGUGUUUGCACGGAUCGCGUCUUUUUUAGACGUAAUCGGAAACUUAUUAAGGAGCUUAAUAUGCAAAAAGGACUGCGACGGCUAGGAAAACGUCACUUAAAAAAAGUGUUCGCGCUGCUUUAAACUUUAUCGCGCUUACUCCAACUCGUUCAUUUCGUCAAAUUUUGGAGAAUAUCUCGGGAGUUGAAUUCUAAAGAAAAAGAGGGUCGUUUUUUAGUGUUCACGUCCUUCAAAAAACGUGAAAUUAAUGAGGCAGUUUCACGUCGUAGUCGUACAACGACUACAAAGACUGAAUGUUCAAAAAAGCGUAAUGCACGCGCAAAGUUAGGAAAUAGAGCAAUUUGAUUGGUUUAUUGAACGGAUACAAACGCGCGUGGCGUUUGGUCGGUUAAGCGAACGCUCUGGUGAAAAAACGUCAAGCCCGAGAACUUUCUAGAAAUCAAGCGAUAGUUCGCUUUGACGUCAUACUGCAACACCAUCGGCCAAUCGAACAAUGUCUUCUCCAUAUUACGGUUUUCUCUGGCGGGAAAACGAAGAGUCCAUGUUUUCAUCUUCUCAUCCAUUGGCUGAUAAAACAAAUAACGAACACUUACGGAAACCAUUUUUCAAGGUCGAAAAUCACUCUAUUGUUUUGCUUUUAAACCUAUUGCUUUUUUUGCCGUUCUAAUUGUUGUCGCCGGCGUCGUUGCUUAAGCUCCCCAAUAUUUCAAACUUUCCUCAUACUUUAUUCGUGUUUUUUUUUUCUUUUCCACCUUCAGUUUGGCUUUACAUCUCAGCUGUUCUUGGUGGCUGUUUUAUCAAUGGCUCUAUCCCUCUGUUUUAUGAACUUACAAUUGAGACAACUUAUCCCAUCGCUGAGGGAAUUCCUAUGGCUGUAGUUACCACUUCAAACCAUGUGGCCUGCUUGCUUUUUCUAGCAGCUCUUAUGAUUCCUGGUAUAGGUAAGUCAGAUGGAAAGCUUGCUCCUACUUAUUCUCUUUUGGUUACCAAGGGAAACAUUUGCAAAGAAACAGUAUUGAAAUUGUGAAAUUGAUAAUUAUACAGUUUCAGUGAUUUCAAUCAAUGUUGUGCCAGGAAUUUCACGCCACAAAGAGUAGAUUCGGGAGGCUCUGAAAAAACCGUGGUUUCCACAAAUGGGGAUCAUCCCAUUGUAUUCCGCGAAUCAAAAACGUUUAUUCCAUUUUAUCAUAAUCCGAAUAAAAAAUUAUGUGGAUUUUUUAACCCUCCAACCUGCUCUUCGAGCAGUCCGUAAGGACCUGUUUGUAUGAAGUGAAGUUGGCCCUAUGCCCUAUAAAGACGGUCACCCUUCCAGCCAAGUCAACUUAAUCGUGCGUUUAUAUGAGAAAAAACGUUGUCCCUUUGCUCGAUAGCUCAAGCCAACAGCCAGCGCUCGUGCAUGCUCUGAUCGACACGUUUUGAAUAGGAAAUGAAAAGGUUGCUCAUGAUCAUGGGUUGGUUAAGCUCGGCUGAAAAAACUUCAUGCCCGAAGAACUUUCUAGAAAUCAAUCGAUACUUGGCUUUGACGUCAUACUGCAACACGAUUGGCCAAUCGAACAAUGCCUUCUCCAUAUGAGGCGGGUUUUCUUUGGCGGGAAAACGAAGAGUCUAUGUUUUGAUCUUUUCAUCCAUUGGCUGAUAAAACAAAUAACGACCACUUUAAUACCGAAACCAUUUUUCAAGGUCAUACGAAAAUCGCUCAAAACGGGGCCUAAUUUUUGAGGUUUUAUUUCGUAUCCAGGUACCAUGUGGAUGAAUUGGUGUAUGGUGGGCAUAUGCGCUGGAUGUAUUCCACUGUUACUGCUGUUUAAAGAGAAAUACUCGCGCUUGCAGUUAGAUGCAGCUAACAAGAAAGCCAAACGAAUCUCUGUUCAGGUCUCCCAAGACGAAGAAACCCCGCUGGUAUCUUCCGUUAAUAAAGGACAGUACGGUGGGGAUGAUAAUGUCUUCAAAAAUAGGGCUACUUCAAUUACUUCGGAAGUUUAAAUCGUUGUUGUUAUACUG